UUUAACGUUGCAACGAAUGAGAGCUUGAUCUCUUACGUGGGUACGAGUGUAAAACGAAUUUUAAGUAGUUUCAACGAUCAAUUUAUUUCAUUUAGAUUUAUCAAUUAUUUGUAAUUAAAUGUAAAUCAAUAUUUUUGUAUAAGAGAUCGGUCCAAUGAUAACUUUUGCAAAUCUUCGCUUUUGGCGUACAUUUGUAAAUACCCUUGCAUAAACGUACUAUCAAAACAUCUCUCAAUCUUAUACCGCGCUGUAGAUAAAUAGGCGACGAUGGCACAACUUAAGGUAGCGAUUAUCGGUCAGAGUCCGUUCGCAGCUGAAGUUUACAAAUUGUUACGACAAAAUGGUCAUCAAAUUACUGGAGUUUUUACUAUACCUGACAAAGGAAAUCGAGAGGAUCCAUUGGCCAUCGCAGCAAAGGUUGAUAAUACGCCUGUUUUUAAAAUUAAAUCCUGGAGAAAUAAGGGUGUGCCCCUACAAGAAGUACUCAAUACAUAUAAAAGUAUCGACGUUGAUCUAAACGUACUACCCUUUUGCAGUCAAUUCAUACCGAUGGAAGUCAUCAAUCAUCCUCGUCAUCGUAGCAUAUGUUAUCAUCCGUCAUUAUUACCUAGACAUCGAGGAGCGAGUGCUAUCAAUUGGACUUUGAUAGAAGGCGAUGAGAGAGCAGGAUUCUCAGUAUUUUGGGCUGACGAUGGUCUCGACACGGGACCGAUAUUACUUCAGAAAUCAUAUAAAAUAGAAACAAACGAUACUUUGGAUACUUUGUAUAAUAAUUAUUUGUAUCCUGAUGGUAUCAAAGCUAUGGUUGAAGCCGUUGAUCUAGUAGCGAAAGGUACUGCCCCUGUUAUACCGCAAACAGAAGAAGGUGCAACUUAUGAUCCCCUGUUAAAUAAAAAAGAACUUCAAAAGAUUGAUUGGUCGAAACCCGCUAAGAAAAUUCACAAUUUUAUUCGUGGCCUUGAUAGUACACCAGGUGCAUGGACUUUUAUUAACAACGAAGAAGUACGUUUAUAUGGUUCUACUUUAUGGAAUGGAACUUUACCCAAAGUUGAAAGCGAAAUCGACGUUGAUGAUCGAAUAGGAAGAAUUCACGAUGGUGGUCUCUUGAUCGAAACAGUCGACGGUAAUUUCGUUAACGUCGAAAGGAUCAAAAUUGGUACUAGAACCAUUCACGCUAGUAAAUAUGGUCAAAGUGAAGAGAACAAUAUGGUGGAAUUGACGGAGGAAGAAUUAAAGAGUAAAGAUGUUUUAAGACGAAUUUGGAAAGGCAUACUCAACAUGGACAUCGAAGAUGAUACGGAUUUUUUCGUUUCUGGCGGCAAGAGUAUGGACGUCGUUAGAUUAGUCGAAGAAGUCAAAGAUAAUUUAGGAGUGACUUUGCAAAAUAUCCACGUCUUCAUGGCCCCCGUUUUCAUGCAAUUCUUAGGAACUGUUAUUUUGACGACACGCGGUAAUGCAGCAGCUAAAGAUAUUAAAUACGAUGCCGUAGAAAUACGAGUAAACAACAUGGAUUUGAAGUUCCCAAAACAACUUUUCAUAAACGGAGAAUUUGUUAAUGGACAGGGUAAACCGAUCGAUACGAUUAAUCCACACGACGAAAGCGUUAUUUGCAGCGUAGAGAGUGCAUCGGUGGAAGACAUUGAUCGUGCUGUGAAAGCUGCAAAAAAAGCUUUCGAGGAAGGCGAAUGGAGUAAAAUUAGUGCUAGGGAACGUGGAGAAUUAUUGUUUAAAUUGGCUGAUCUGAUGGAUAAACAUAAAGAAGAAUUGGCAACCAUAGAAACGUUAGAUUCUGGUGCAGUAUACACAUUAGCCUUAAAGACACACGUUGGCAUGUCCAUAGAAACGUGGAAAUAUUUUGCUGGUUGGUGCGAUAAGAUACAGGGCUCAACUAUACCAAUAUCUCAUGCCAGACCGAAUAGAAAUUUGACAUUUACGCGAAAGGAACCGAUAGGGGUUUGUGGUUUAGUAACGCCAUGGAAUUAUCCUUUGAUGAUGCUCUCGUGGAAAAUGGCAGCUUGCUUGGCAGCCGGUAACACGGUUGUGAUGAAACCAGCUCAAGCUUCGCCAUUGACAGCGUUAAAAUUUGCUGAACUUAGUGCACAAGCUGGUAUUCCUCCUGGUGUUAUAAACAUUGUUCCGGGUAAUGGUUCUGUAACUGGUAACGCUAUAGUCAAUCAUCCGCUUAUCAGAAAGCUUGGUUUUACUGGCUCCACGGAAAUUGGUAAAACGAUUAUGAGAUCUUGUGCCGAAAGUAAUUUGAAGAAGGUCUCGUUAGAACUUGGUGGUAAAAGUCCUUUAGUCAUAUUCGAGGAUGCUGAUCUUCAACAGGCAGUGAAAAUAGGAAUGAGCAGUGUAUUUUUUAACAAGGGUGAAAAUUGUAUUGCCGCAGGCCGAAUUUUUAUUGAAGAAACUAUUCACGAUGAGUUUGUUAAAAGAAUAAUCGAAGAAACGAAAAAAAUAUCGAUAGGUAAUCCUUUGGAUCGAAGUACGACUCAUGGGCCACAAAAUCAUAAAAAUCAUCUCAACAAGCUUCUAGAAUACGUUAAAUAUGGGAUCGAUGAAGGUGCUACGUUGGUUUAUGGUGGUAAACGUAUAAAUCGUCCGGGAUGGUAUUUCGAACCGACGAUUUUUAUCAAUGUUGAAGAUCAUAUGUAUAUAGCCAAGGAAGAAUCCUUUGGUCCUGUUAUGGUGAUUUCUAAAUUUAGUUCUAAAAAUAUGGACGAUGUAAUAAGAAGGGCUAAUAAUACAGAAUAUGGUUUGGCAUCUGGAGUACUAACUAAAGAUAUUGCUAAAGCAUUGAAAUUUGCUGAAAAAAUUGAGGCUGGUACUGUAUUCAUAAAUACUUACAAUAAAACAGACGUAGCAGCACCUUUCGGUGGUUUCAAAAUGUCAGGAUUUGGCAAAGAUCUUGGGCAAGAAGCACUCAACGAAUAUCUCAAAACAAAAACCGUAACGAUCGAGUAUUAGGUUUACCACGUAAUAAAUAAUGUUAUAAGUCUCGAAUGUUUUAUACGAUCCUUGUAUUUUUCUUUUAACUUCAUAGAAUCAUAUUAUUUUAAAUUCAUAACUACAUAUUUUUUAUCAUAUUAAUUUAUGAUAUAAAAUAGUUGUCUAAAUAUUUUCUUCUUAUUCCCGUUCAUUAGGUUGUAUCUUAACAUUUUGAAUGAAAAUUACGUGCGAACUUGUUCACAGACAUGUGUGAUAUAUAAACAUAUACAUCAGAUACUUUGACCAUCGUGCAGCUUCUUUCAAAAUCCCAGAUGCUAUUAACGUCGUUUUUUAUUGGAAGAUAAGCUCUAUUUUUGUUAAUAUGUCAUGCAUUAUAUCUUUUCAAGUCGAAUUUUCUUUUAAUAAAAGUAGAAUACCGGGGAUGAAUGAAUUGAAUGCAAUAUCUUUUAUAGAUCGCAACUUAAAUUUUAACAAUUUUCGACUAUCCCCUGGUAUAUGUAAAUACAUAAAAGUUAUUAAAAAACAUUAUAAAGUAAUUAAUUUCUGUAUAUUAAAUACAUAGAAGGAACCAAGGAAAGGAAUAUAAAGGAAUAUGCUAUUUAUUAGGAAGUUACAAGAAAUUAAUUACAAUUAUAAUGUUUAUAGUAAGCGGUCUUUGGCUGGAUUUUACUUGCAAUGGAAUGUAUAACAUAUAAAAUAUGUUAAACAUUAUACUGAAAGUAAAAUACCAUUGCCCAGGUCUAACCACGAGGAGGUAACCGCUUCUGAAGACCCGGGAAGUGCAUUCUGAAGAUGUCCACAUCCGAAUAUAAUUUAAAAAAAUAAUAAGAUAAUCUAAUUGAGAACUUUUUUUAAGGAACAUCACUCUUAAUGCUCACCCUAAGAAUUUCACCUAUUCGCCAGUAAUACGAUUACAUGUCCAAAUCUAGCAGAAAAUUGAUUAAAGAACAAUAUAAGUAAUCGGUAAAUUUUAUGUUUUUAUUUUAGCUCAGUAAAAAAAUUAAGUUUAAUUAAAUCAUCUAAAGAAACGUAAAAUAAAAAUAUAUUAAAAUUAUUUCUAUUUAAAGUACGUUAAUAUGUAUGUAAUGUUUAAACCAGUAAAUAUGUAUUUAAAACAUCUGAAAUAUAAAGAGAGUGCAUUAGAAUAUUUAAAUAA